CGUCUCUAUAAGCGCCGCCGCGGGGCGGGUGCGGAGCUGCUGCUCGACUCGUCCCGUCCGGUCCCGCUCCGCUCCGCCCCGCCCACCCCGUCGGGAGCAUGUACCAGGGCCCUGCGCGCUGCCUGUGCUCGGCGCUGCCCGCCCUUUCCUGCGCACCCGUCGCGGCUGCCUCGGUCACCCUCCUGCCGCCGCGGCCCCGCGCCCCCCCGCCGCCCCUCGGCCCCGCCGCCCCGCGGGCAGCAGCCGCAGUAGCAGCGGCGGGAGGCCCGUCCGCCCCGGGGGCGCCUCCCCGCACAGUGUGUUCCAUGGGAAACAGCACCAGCCAGCUCUACAGCGCACUCACCAAGACGUUGAGCAGCAGCGCUGUGUCCCAGCACCAGGACUGCCUGGAGCAGCCGGACUCUGCACGGCUGGAUCCUAUAGACCCCAAGGACCUGCUGCAGGAAUGUCAGAUGGUUCUGCAGAAACGGCCACCCCGCUUUCAGAGGAACUUUGUGGACCUGAAGAACGCUGCCAGUAACCACCGCCCCAUUCGGGUCAUGCAGUGGAACAUCCUUGCACAAGCUCUGGGUGAAGGCAAAGACAACUUUGUGCAGUGCCCCAUGGAAGCUCUGAAAUGGGAGGAGAGGAAGUGCCUCAUCCUGGAGGAAAUCCUUGCGUACAAACCGGACAUCUUGUGCCUGCAAGAAGUUGACCACUACUUUGACACCUUUGAACCACUCCUCAGCCGACUGGGCUACCAGUGUACUUUCUUCCCGAAGCCAUGGUCGCCGUGCCUGGAUGUGGAGCAGAACAACGGGCCGGAUGGCUGUGCCUUGUUCUUUGUCAAAGACCGCUUUGAGCUCAUCAACAGCGCUAACAUCCGGCUAACCGCCAUGAAGCUGAAAACCAACCAAGUGGCCAUAGCUCAGACACUGAAGUGCAACGAAACUGGAAGACUGUUCUGCAUUGCCGUCACUCACCUCAAAGCCCGUACGGGCUGGGAGAGGUUUCGGUCUGCGCAGGGCUGUGAUCUUCUCCAGAACCUGAAGAGCAUCACCCAAGGUGCAAAGAUCCCUCUGAUCAUCUGUGGAGACUUCAAUGCGGAGCCAACUGAGGAGGUCUACAAAGAGUUUUCCAACUCCAGCCUCAACCUAAACAGCGCGUACAAGCUGCUGAGCCCUGAUGGGCAGUCGGAGCCCCCUUACACCACCUGGAAGAUCCGGCCAUCGGGGGAGUGCCGGCACACGCUGGAUUAUAUCUGGUAUUCCCAGCAUGCCUUGAUUGUGAACUCAGCCCUGGGCUUGCUGACUGAAGAGCAAAUAGGACCCAAUAGGCUGCCAUCAUUCAAUUACCCUUCUGAUCACCUAUCUCUGGUGUGUGACUUUAGUUUUAAUCAAGACCCCGACAGACUGCUGUAAUGUGUUGGAAUGCCACCUGGUAUUGCAGUGUCUUAACUCACCACUGGUUUAUUUUAGAGAAGACUUUUGAAGCUGGAAGCUAUUGAAGAAUGAUGAAAUACUGUUGACAAAAAAUUAUUUCAGGCACUUGUUUGGAGUCACAUCUGCCUUUCAGUGCUUGUGAAUCCGGAUCCUCCAAGGGAGGAAGAAAGGAGUCUGUGUUCUCAUUGUGGUGUUCUUGCCAUGUCAGGGUUUGAAAACUAGAAGGCAAAUGAGCUUUACCCUUUCACUAACCCUGUGUUUAAGGAUUUAAUCCUCUAAUGAAUGCGGAGGCCUUAGUAUUUAAAUCAAAACACUUGUGUUUGUAAAACAACUUGCCCUGACAGCAUGCUGAUUUUAUUUAUUUCAUGUUUAGCUUGUGCAAGUACCAAAGGGAACUAGGCUUGACUACUCAGUGAGAUUCUCUUAAAUCUUUUUUUGGUCCAAUUAAUGCGGUUUACACAUGAACAAAUCCAAGCUCACACUAGUGUUGUCCUCAUUUUUACAUGACUUGAGAUGAUGAUUUCAUUACAAGUGAAUGGAUAAUAGCACAGUGUGAGGAAAGCCCCCUCCAGAAAGAGCAGGUGAAGAAAUAAGCAGCUAAAUGUGUCACAUAGUAGUAUCCUAUGAAUGUGCAUGUGUCCACUGCACACAUCCAGCCUGUAGGUAUGUAUACACAGUGACCCUGACCUCUGUCCCUUCUGUGCUUCCCUCCAGAGGAUGCAUCUAACCAGGGAGUAUUUCCUCCUCUGCUUCAAAUACAACUUUUCUAAGUGGUUCAAUCUUACUGUUUCAGUGAAGGGCCAGUCUUUGUGUCGAAAGACUUUCUUUUAUUUAUCUUCAGAAUCUAAAGCUACACUGGAACCUGUUAGAAGAUAAAGUUUAUUUAUAGAGAAGUGUGUGAUCCUGCAUCUGACUUGAAAUCAUACAGCAACAGUGCUCGGGAGCCUCUUUCCGUGGCCCAGGGGAACUCUAGCUAAGCACCUAGGCUACAUUAGAGCUGUGUUAGUGUAAUAACUCUUGUGCAUGGAGUGGUGCUUAUUAGCAUGACAUUGGUAUUGCACAUGUGGGUUGUAAAUAUGCCACUAUGCUGGAAAAUGAUGUAGGGAGAGAGGAUGAGAAAGAGACAACUGUUGGAGCUGACUACAUGUAGAUAGUUGAGAAAGAUGAGGCAGAACAAAUAAAGCUGUACUUCCAUGUCAAGUAAGGCCCGUAGUAACUCUUAAAUGUUCCAGGUGUUUAUUAAUAAAAGCCUUUGGCAAAAAAAGUCAUGUCUCUGCUGUAAUUUUCAUUUCCCUGUCAUAAGCAUGUGACUGCUCAAGCUUCAAGUUAGUGGCCAUGCUACCCAUGGUCCUUUUCCCCUGCCCCUGCAGUCCUAAUCUUACAAGUUGGUACAGCUGUUGUUUCCAUGGCAAGUGCUCUUUCUCAGAGUUGAAAUUCCUGGGUUCCACAGAGCACUUGUAGGAAGGGAGUUACCUUUAGCCAUGUUAAGCUGCUCUCUGUCCUAGAUAAAGAUGAAGCCUAGACUCUGUUACUGUAAACACUACUCUUUCCAGCAGUUGUGUGGAGCAUACAACCUGGCCAGUACUGCAAAGCAGGGUGCAGGUAUUCCUCCCUGAGGGCUGAUAAGCAUGCCUAGCAAAGCUGGCUCUUCACAACAGGCAGCUGCAUUUGUCACUUUCUUUUAAAACAUCAUUUGAAGAGCAAGAAAUGACACAGAUAUGUGCUUUACACAGCCUGUGAACUACUGUACCAGUGUUGCUGGUAAGUCAAAUAGAGAAUCUGGCAACUAGAAGUCCCAAAUUCCCAUACAAAUGCAUUCCCUUUCAGGCAAAAAAAUGAAGUGCUGUGUUGCACAGCCAUAACACUGCAUGUGUUCCUGACUCUUGCAGGAUGGUGGCUAUAUGUUUCAAAGCAGAGGAUCUGAGGCCUCUCUUACCAGCCUGGAAUGCAGGACUCCUCGAGUGAGUGUGGGUUUAAAAUUUCCUGGACAGAAAGGAUUUUAUAGCUAAGGAGCCUGUCUUGCCUGGUGAAUACUACGAGGCAGAAGGGGUGGCUCCUUUGGGGGAGAUUCUGAACCAGAGAUGGAACACUCCAAAUGCAGAUUUUUAAGCAUCCCUGCCAUAGACAUUACAUACUGGCUAGACUGAGACUGCUUCCUUCUCACAGUGCUGGCUGCCCUCAGCUGCAGUCUGAGGGGGUGAGAUGCAGUGCUGCUUCUCCCUUGCAGUUAUCUUCUCUUAGGAUCUUCCCUCAAAUGGUCUUGCAAAGAGGAGAAAUACAAUUGCCCAUUAACAAAGGUAUCUAGCCAUCUGUAGCUAAAGUCAUCUAAGAACAACACCCCAGUGUGGACCUAUAAGAUAGUACCUUUAACAAGUCAAAUCCUUGCUCAUCCACCACAGUCACACCAGAAGCUGGAGUUUCCAUUCAGAUCCUUUUGGCAGUUUCUAGAAGCAACUACAUGUGAGGUAGAAAGCUGUGACUUGAGAGCAAGGGUGAUAUUGUACUCAGAUCUGUAUUUGGGGGGG